UUCCAGAUUACUGGGAUAGCACACUGUUUGAGUGUAUAUUUCACAAGAUCAAUCUGUCCACCAGCAGUAAAGAAUAUCAGGAGGUUGAAACUGCAUUCCACACCACUGCUCCGAAUCAAAUUGUUCGCAUCGAGAGAAUACAAAACCGAGAAAUCUACGAGAUAUACGAGGUGAAACGACAAGCAAUGAUGAAAAAAUAUGGCGGCAACUUUGCCGAAAAAGAAUUGCGGCUGUUUCAUGGCACUUCUGUAGAAAAUAUUGAGAAAAUUAAUGCUGGUGGAUUGAACAGAAGCUAUGCAGGAAUGCGCG